GCCAGAGGUGUGCCCAGCAGGGCUCUGGAGGAGAAGGGCCUGUGGGCCUGGAAGCACAGCUGUGGGGCAGCGGAGGGAGAGACAAAGUCCGGCAGUGCCGCAAGUAAAGCCUUUCCGUCUCUCUCUGGAGCUGCCCAAGAAAGCUGGAUCCUGGAGAUCUCUGCUCAGUGAUGUGGCUGUUGGGAGGCAGUCUUCUGCUUUUCCUGCAACAGCAAUGCUAGUGCACCCACACAGCUGGAGUGAGCUCUUGGUCUGCACAGGAGAGAAUCCUGAGCUUCUUGGCUCAGCUUAGCAGUGCUGGUGGCUAUGGAGUGACCGGUACAGGUGGUGUUCCAGGUGCACAGCAGGAGGCUGGAGCUGGCUGCCCAAGCCCCGAUGCUCCCUGUCCUCGUGCUCUUUGCAGCUCGUGUGCCUCACCUCUGCCAUGAAUGAUGCAUCGACGAUGGAUUAUGAACUGCUGUCCCCGUCCUUGGUUGAGCACCCGGCCAGCACUGCGGGCAUGGAUGCCGAGCAGAAAACCGUCUUUGCCUUUGUCAUCUUCCUCCUCGUCUUCUUGGUGAUGCUGAUGGUGCGCUGCUUUCGCAUCCUGCUGGACCCCUACAGCCGCAUGCCUGCCUCCUCCUGGACUGACCACAAGGAGGGGUUGGAGAGGGGCCAGUUUGACUACGCCUUGGUGUAGAGGGCAGGGAUGGGGCGAGCCUGGGUGCUCCGAGUGCCUCCCACCCCAGCUGUCCGGCCCCCGGCCCCCGGCCCCCCUUCCUCUGUGGUGUUGCCCCGGGCCAGCAGGGAUGCCGUGGGCAGGGAGGCGAGGUCGGGCUCUUGUCUGGGGUGGGUUUUCUAGGGGUUUCUCUCUUUUCUAAGCACUUUUCAGUUCUCUUCGCAGCCUGCAGCACUCUCGGCAAGACGCAUCGGAGGGGUGACGUGACUCCCCACGGGUCUCGCUGCCCACCGUGCCCCGGGGCAGUGCUGCGUGCCGCAGAGAGGGGCAGGAGGCAGCGGGGCGGGGCAUGGCAGGACCUGCCCUCGGCCACGGCCCCCACGGCUCCUGGUCUGGGCAGCUCUGCCCUGCACCAGGCCAGGCGUUGGACCCCCACCUCCUCCUGCCUUCCGCAUCACCUCUAUCUGUGUCCUCCGGGGAGUGCUGACCGUGGCCCAGUGUGUGUGUGUGUGUGUGUGUGUGUUUCCCUGUAGCUGAGCUUUGUCUGUGAGGAGGUUUAUAGGCACCUCACCCAAGUGUUGGCUUUGUUCCUCUCUGUGUGGCAGCCUCAAAGUGCUCCCCACAAGUAAGGGGGAGAUGGAAACCCCACGUGCAGCGCCCUUCUGCCCUCCAGCCCUGCAGCCCACUCUGUGCUUUACACCAUCAUGACUGCUCCCUGCCAAAGUGGUGGAAAUGGUCUGAGCAAGAUGCAGUCAUGCAGCCACUUGCAAACCUGCGUGGGAGCCCUGCGGGGAUCCCUGCAGGGAUCUAAAAUCCCCACGCAGCACCUGGGAGGUGGCUCUCAUCCAGCCCAGGCCUGGCAGUACCCAGCAGUGCCUCGCUCUGCACAUCGCUGCUCCAGCAGGACCUGGGCAGCCUGGGUGUGCUCGUGCAUCUGCCUAGCAGAAGGGCUGUGUAAGUGAGGGAACUAUGGCUGUCCCCAUAGCGGGGGAACCUGACUGUGGGAACCGUGCCUCUUAAGUAGGGGUGCUGCAGCUGGCCGCAAGGCUAGCUGGCAAAAGCUGUGGUGGGGUAUGGCUGUGGGCUGGCAAGUUGUGUGCUAUGGGAUCUGAGGGGAGAACUUCCUCCUGCUCCACGGAAAUAAAGCUGCACUGUGCUAACCCCACACAGCUUUUCCUCUGCUCUGUGAUAAGUCCCAUCGGGCACUGGGGUGUGUGGGUGCAUGUCAGUCAUUGCUGGGAGUCAUAUGAGCACUGGCACAGGGGAAGUGCAAGGGCUAACUGCUGGGUAAUGCAAAGAAGCAAAGGCUCAAGGGCUGCUUAGGGCACUACAUAACACCUUGCUCUGAUAGGAAAGUCCUUCAGGGUCUUCUCUCUUGGAGGUGGCCAGACAGAGGUACUAGGAGUAUGGGAUCACAUAGACAGCAAAGAAACAGGACACUGGUAACCAACUCCUGUGAGCCUGCUUCUGCACCUUCCUUGACAACACUGGAUGCAUGGCCAAGAACCUACAUCACAGAAUGUACUGCAAAAAACAUUCACUGCACAGUCCACACAGUCCCUGUGUUGUGUGACCUCUGCUCAGCACAAUCACUAUUCAGCAAAACUGCCACAAAGCAGCAAAAGUGGGGCUGCUCCACAAAGGUGCAUGAGCUGGGAAACGAGUGAGCACAGCACAACUGAGGCAGUGCCUUUCCUGGUGCAGCCUCACAGCACCAGGUGAGGGGGGCAGGACAGGACUGGUGGCAGUUGGAUGUUGCACUGACAGUCUCAAACAAGGUGAGGUGCAAAAACCAACCAAAGAAACGAGUCAGGAGGAACAGAAGGACACAAAGACAAGACUAGAGAUAAAGCUACAGCACUGUGGUUCAAGGUACAGGCAGCAGAUAGGGCUGCAGACAGGGCAGAAGAGAAGUGUACCUUUGAAUAUACCUCUGGUAGAGAAUGAAAGCCCAGUGCAUCCAGCACUCAGAACAUUCUCUCAACGGCCCAACAACUCAUUGUGCAGCACAAUCCAAACAGUGCCCAGCAGAACUGCCAUGCAGAGUGCCUACUUGCUGCACAGCACACAAGCUCAGGGACAAUUCCACUCCCUUAGGCUCGUUUUCUGGAGCGAAUUGUUUUCCCAUCCAAGCCUUAAGCCAUCUUGCACCAUACAAACCAUGAGGUAUGAUACAGCAUUUCUAACUGAUGUGGUUUAACCCAGCAGCAGCUCGGCAUCACACGGCUGCUCAUUCACUCCCCUCCUUAGUGGGAUGUGGGAGAGAACUGAAAACAAAAUAGAACCUGUGGGUUGAUUUAAAAACUAUUUACUAAGACAGAAAAGGAAAAUGUAAACAAGAAUAAGAUAAUAACUAUAUAUAUAUAUAUGUAUAUAUUCACAGUGCAAUCACUCGCUGCUUACUGACUGAUGCCCAGCACCCCCCCCAAGCAGUUGCCCCCUGGCCAGCUCCCCACAGCUCCCAGCAGGAUUGAGAUCUGCACACAGGCACCAGCCCAUCCCCAUGUCUGUGCACCCAAUGGCUGCAUACUGGGCCCCCAGUUCUGCCUGGGCUGGUGGUAUGCACGGGACAUACAUGGAGGAUGGGGAAGUGGCACAUGGUGGCCAUGGGAGCAAUGAGCCUUGCAGCACAGUGUGAUCCCCAGGCCAUCCCUAGCCCUGCAGGGCAGCUGAGGGGACCCAGGCUGUACAUGAAGGUGGCCGAGCUGCCUGUGCAGGUUGGGUGGCUGCGAUGUAAAGACCUGAAGUGACUGUUAGUGCAGGUUUGAGAAAAUGGACAAAAAACUCUGAUGAGUGUGCAUCACAUUGUAGAAGCAGUGCACUCUGUCCUGGAAAGAGUGAAGGAUGGAGAACAUCAUGAGUGGGACCAUGGUCACCAACUGCUACUGGAAGCAUCACCACAUUGUUUAACUGAUACGCAUCACUCUCUGCCUUAAUUUGAUAAUUACCAUGGAUGUUAGAUUUUGGAAUAUGGGGGAACACUAAGCUCAUCUUCAUACUCACAAGAUAUAUAUGCAUUUGAUGUGACUGAUAAUUCUCACAAGACACUCCUCAUUCCUUCUGAAUAUCAUUGACUACAAUCACAGGGUAGAAUAUGUGGGAUAAUUGCUUAAGGUGUAGCACUCUUCACUGGAAAUUAAGGUACGGGUCAUUCACAGGUGUACAAGAGCAGAGUGCAGUCUCUAUGCCAUUAAACUGCACAGAAGGUAGAGUGGAGCAGAGUUCCACAGCCAAGUUCUGUAACCCACAGUAGUUCCCUAAGUAGCUCAAGGUGUCGAUAGCAUCAGGAGAACUGAUGUACUGACUUCAA